GUAUAUUUUGCAAUAUGGCGUCGAUAAAUAGGAAGUAAACAUUUCUUUACAUAUUAAUUGCGGUUUUCCGAGAAUAAAAUGUUCGGACGAAAGAAAGCUGAAGCCCCUGCACCUCCAAAAGGAAAGGGAGCUGCAUUAAUGUCACAGAUGGGUAUUGGUGACAUUGAGGCUGACCUGUACGGAGACCUGGAUGAUGACGAAGAUCUUGAGGCAGAGUUAAUGGCCCUGCAGGGAAAACCUAAACCAGCCAAGAAGAAGGGCAGAGGUCAAGUGAGUGCGUCAGAGUUUGACAUCAUGAUUGCAGAGAGCAUGAAAGAGGUGGAGGAUGAGGAUGUCUCCGACACCGAAGACCCUGACCUUUUAGAUGAGCUACAGGACUUGGCUGGAGAUGGGGGAGGGACAGAGGAGGAGGCUCCAGUCCCUGUCAGUGGUCCCAGUGGAGGGGGGUCGGGGAUGGUCGUACUGUUACAGGAUAGACUCAACAACUACAGGGAUGCCCUCAGUGCAGCAAAGGCUGCCAAUGAUUCAUCUAAAACUAGAAGGGCUGAUCGGGGUGUGAAGACAAUCCAAGAUUUGCUGAAGAAAGCUCAGGCUGGGAAACCGAUAGAUGAAGAUGACAUUCCACCACACAUGGCCUUGUCAGCACCUAGGAAGCCAGACCCUGCACCACAGAGUCAGCCCACGCCACCCCCCAUCUCCCAGCCGACUGUCGCCCGGGAAGAGCCCAGGCCAACACCUGCAGCCAGGAAGCCAGCCCCUGUAUCGCCUAAGCCAGCCCCACAUCCAGUGCAGCCCCAGCAGGGAACCAGUUCUGGGCCUGAAGCCAGCACUCAUGGCUCAUCUGACAUUGAGUUGUGCAGUGGGAGGAGACAGGAGUACAAGAAAGCCGCCCUCGAGGCAAAACAUCGUGGCGAUAUUGUCACCGCUAAAAAAUUUGUCCAAAUAUCCAAGCAAUUUGAUGCUGUGAUAGCUGCCCUAGAGGCGGGCCAGCCGGUGGACCUCUCCCAGAUGCCACCCCCUCCAUCACAGACAGCUCCUGCCUUUGAAGAUGUGGUGAAGAGGUCAGAGAUAAUGACAGGACCGUCCAUGGCCGCAGAGUCAUUACAGCGUGGUGGUGAGGAUCCCAAUGCCGCACCAACAGCCAUCCCUCCUCCACCCAGCGAAGAUGAGGAGCGAUCUAUUUUCAAAGCCCCGGAUCCCCCCAAGUCCACUAUGGAUGCCCUUUCACAGCGCCUUGACAAGUACAAGACUGCGGAACAACAGGCAAAGGAGGAGGGGAAUGGCAGCAAGGCUCGCAGAAUGGGCCGUAUCACCAAGCAAUACCAGGAGGCCAUCAGGGAUUUCAAGAAUGGUAAACCAGUAGACUUUGACGAGCUGCCAACCCCACCAGGUUUUGCCCCUAUCCCUGUGGGCCCAGCAGCCCAGCCCCGGCCUGCCCUGAGUGCUGACCCUAAACCAGUUCCUACCCCUGGGGUCUCAAGCCUCAAUCCCCCUGCUGGCAGGGGCCAGGGGUCAGCCCCCCAGCCAGGUCAGAGGUCACCCCAGCCACAAAGGUCACCUGCUGUGUCGCCUGGGAAACGACCUUCACACCCAUCAGAUCAGUCACAAAAAGUUCUGAAGCGUGGUGCGUCCCUUCGUGCUGACCAGCAGGCCCAUUUUCUACGGGAACGUAUGCAGGAGUACAAGAAUGGGGCAAUAAACGCCAAGAAGAAGGGUGACAUCGCUCUGGCCAAACAGUAUCUGAGGAUGGCAAAGGGGUUUGAGCCAAUGAUUGAGGCCUCGGAGUCCGGCCUGCCAGUGGACCUCACACAGGUUCCCCCGUCUCUUGAGGGUGAGGAUGACAACCCAAGCUUUGUAAUGGUCUCCAGAGAGGACUGCGAGCUUUCAGGCGACAGAGAUCAGGUCUUCGAGAAGAUUGAACAGGACCUCAUUGCUCAGAUUAGGACCUGCCAAGCGAACAAUACUCAUUUCUCAAAGCUGGGAGAUGUUAUAAGUGCUACAAAGUUCCAGAAGAUGGAGUCAGGCCUACAGAAGGACCUUGAGGCUUUGAAGAACGCCCUGCGACACAAAGACCCCGUGCCUAAGUUCCACUAUGAAAACAGGACUUUCUCCAUGGUCCAAUGUAACACCGACCUGGGGGAUAACGAUAUUGAGAUGACAGUGGUGCGGGGAGUUCAGUAUAACCCACCAGACGGGUACUCCGAGAAAAACCUCGACACUUACGUCAAAUAUGAAUUUCCCUUCCCUACAGAUGAUCCACAGACAGGGCAUACAGAAACCGUGAAAAGCUCUCUAAAUCCAGAAUAUCAAGAACCAGUAAAGAUGACAAUGAACAGGAAGUCCCGAGCCCUAGUCAGAGUUAUAGAACGGAAAACAAUUAAACUAGAAAUAUUCUACAAAAGAGGAUUUCUAAAGAGUGACAAGUUACUGGGAACGGUCAAUGUGAAACUGCUGCCCCUGGAGACACAGUGUACGCUCCAUGACAGCUACGAUCUGUGUGAUGGGCGUAAGACCCUGGGCGGGAAGUUGGAGGUGAAGGUCCGUAUACGAGACCCUUUCAAGAGCAAGCAGGUGGAGGAGGUGAAGGAGAAGUGGCUCGUUAUUGACCAGUUCAUCAAGACACUUGACGCUCCGUCAGCCAGGGGGGCAGGCUCAGAAAAGAACACGGCCCCGCGGUCCCGGGCCUGCAUGAUCAUGUGACCCACGUCUCUCUACACACCCACGUCGCCAUGGACUCCACCAAGGUUGCCAUGGAAACUGGGAGCACUGGGCAUGGAUGGGGAAAUUUGCAAUUUCUGUGAUACACUCCUCUUUAAAAUUUGAAGACUUGACAUCAUAACACGUUGCAGUUUUUUAUUGUAUUAUAUUCACUUCAUUUAUAUGAUUAUUAAUUUGCAUUAUUUAUGUGAUAAUGAAUCUCUGAUUGUGUUAAAACUUCAGUGUAGGUUAUAUUAUGUAUAUUUUUUGUGCUGAUUUCAAAUGAUUUUCUCCACUGUUUAGUGAGCUUUGUUUCAUUGUGUUCAUUUUUUACACUGGCACUUUUUUAGAAUAUCAAAAUCACCUUUUUUUACAGAUUACCGGGUAAUGUUUUUUUAAACACUUUAUUUUAAAGUUAGACAAGCGCUGUGUAUACCCAUGAGAAGUGGAUUAUCCAGCCUUUGAGCAAUCUUUGACAAUGCUGAUUUUCUUUAUGUAAUGUUUGUGUUUAUCUGAGAAUUUAUUGAUGUUUUUAUCUGUUCUUGGUCUUUGUUCAGUGAUUUAUACACUAAGGUCCUCGUCAAUUAGUUAUGAAUAUGUACAUGAAUGUAGUAAUGAAUCUAGUGUUUAUUAUUCUAAUCUAGUCUGUGAUUGAAAUGUUGUUUUCUGUGAUAUGUCUAUAAAGUAUUCUGAUUUUGAUUUUUUUAUGCAUCACAAAGUUUGAUGCUAUGUGUAUUGGAGACACCGUAAUGUUGGCUGUUCUGCUCUGUUUUAUCAUGUACCAGUGGCCUAGGGUGGACGGGUUCUUUCAAGUUUGUAGAAUGAACUACUUACACAGUUUAUCACUCUGUUAAUACUGUGGUACUAUAAAACUGUGAUGGGAAGUAGUGCCUGACAUACUUUCCAUUAUCUUUUGCCAUUUCAUCAUACAGUUAUGUACCUUUGAAUGUAAUUUUUACACUUUUUCCUAUAUUGGACUAUGCGGAGCAAAUUUCUCCCACAGUUUAAGAGAUCACCCUGAUACACUAUACACAUUACAAACAUGAUAUGUAGUAGAACAGUGCAUAUUGUUCAUCACAUACAGGUGAUUUCUUCGCAGUUAUUGGCCCUGUAAUUCGAUUUUUACACAUUGGGCUAUUUUGGAUAAUGUUUAAGAGAUCAAUCUGAUACUUGGUACAUAUUGCCACUAUGGUAGGAAGUAGUACUAAAUACCUUCUAUAUUUCCUUUACCCAUGGCUAAUAUUAAUUUCGUUGACCCCGGCCAACUCUUUUUCGAGUUAUGUGCCAUUGUAAACCAGUUUAACACGAGCUAUAUUUAUGAAUAAAGAUUGAUCUUAUUGCAAAGAAGUAUAAUUUUCCUUGUUAUUAUCUUGAAACAUCUAGAAUGAGUUCUCUUCUGUGUCAGGCAGCAGACAGGGGUAGUAAUCACUUCAGUGAUAUCUCGUGUUUUUACUUUAUUAUGUCAUAUAGUUUGUGAUCGUUCUCAGGUUGUUUAUCCGUAUGAUAUUUUUGAGAUCCAAUCAGCUGUUUUUUUCUGCAGGUGCUCAGUGUUGUGUUUCGUAUUUAAAUAAGUAUUUACCUGCUCUUUGUAUAUUCUGAAUCACUUUUUAAUAAAAAGUUGUUUUACCCUUUGUCAUUGUAAAUUUAUUUUCACUCAUUUUUCUUUCUUUUUUUCCGUUAAUGUGCUGGUCAUCAUCCAUAAUUGUUGAAUGAUUCUUAAUCGCAUGCACAUCACAGAUUUUUAAACUGUACAAUUAGUUGUGGCUAUCAAGGCUCUGCAGGGCUUACAUUACCUGUUCAUCAUUACAACAUAAAAUAAAUCUCAAUUUUAUGUGUCGUACCUGUUACAUAUGGCCCUUAGAUGGACUGAGGGAAAUGGACACUUCUUGUCAUGCUCUUUGUUUUGUAUUAUAACAAUAAAGAUAUUUGAAAUGGAAGAAAUGAAACCAAUACCAAUGGUUCCUGAAUUACUCCUGAUAUAAUUGCCAAUUUCUCAAUGAAUCUCUGCAACAACCAACAUUGACAGGAGCGUAGCUAGAUACAAUUAAAUGUGUGAGUCUGCUAGAGGGAUCCUGGGAAAUGUUCCCCCAUUUAUUUUUGUAAACUUCUAUGCAGGCAGGAGCAUUUUCCUGUAUUCUUAAGACUGCAACAUCACACUGUUCCUUUAUAUGACUAGAACAAUGGAGGCAGUUUGAUGGUUUUAAAUAUGGUAAUGUCUUUUAUGUCGAAUCAAAAUGGUGCACAAAAAAACUAUAAAGCAAUGACUGGUACUUUCCCAAUAUCUGUCUAUUUGCAUGAUAUACCCUAGUUUGUUAUCUGUCCACCAGGCAGUCUUUUCCGGAGGAAGAAAUAUAAAAGUUUUUAAGGUAUUGACUUCAAACUUUAUAUACAUAUACUUACUGGGAAGAAGUGUAGUGCAAAGGAACAAUAAGGCUGGCUGCAAUAUUUUAUUAUUUUGCAGAGUUAUUGUUUUGUUCAUACUUAUUUUUUUGUCUGGAGCAUAACUCGAAAAGUGUUUGUGGUAUUGAAUUAAAACUUAAUAUACAGAUAUAUUUCAUUGAGGUGCAGUGCACAAGAACCUAAACUCUGGCUGCAGUUUUUUUUUAGGUUAUUGUCGUUUGUUAAUUUUGAUACCGUAUGCUCCAAAAAACAACAUGAUUUUGUGUUCCGUCAACUCAAUUAAAAACUGUGCUAUGCUUUUAAAAAACAAAAAAUAUUUUUUUAUGCCUUAUUUCCAAGAUGUUAAAGUGCUUAUUCCUAUGUAGGAGGACCAUUAACUUAAUAAUGCCUUCUCUCUGACAUAUUGCAUUCAUCACUACCGCAGAUACUUCUUCUUAUGAAAAGGUUGGGUAGUGGCGGUAUCCAGUGAUAGAUAUAGUUGUACAUGUUUUCAUCAGGACAUAAGUUUUCACUUUAAAAAGAAGGCUGAAUUGUAAAUGAUAAGCUUCAGUCUCAAAUA